GAGGUCGAAAACCAUCGUUUAAUACAGUUCAUCAACAACUCUUCAGUAAAUCAGGUUCGUCCAAGACUCAACCAUCCGUGAAACCAUGAAGGCCUUCAUCGCUCUGUUCGUUGCCACUUUGGCCGUUGCCGCCCAAGCUGGAUAUGUCCCGUCGGCGUGGCCUGCAGUGUCCACCUACGGCGUAGACUCGUGGAACGGCCUCAACUCGUGGAACGGCCUGAACUCCUGGAAUGGCCUGAACUCCUGGAAUGGUCUGAACAGCUACCCGUACGGAAUCAACCAGUGGUCCUCGGCUGCGGCUUGGCCAGCGACCUAUUCCAACGGCUACACCAACAACUGGUACGGCCUUGGUGGAAAGACCGUUGUCCAGGCCAACGUUGCCAAGGUCAACCCGUGGGGACUUCCGCUGGCGUCGUCCUACGGCUACGGAUACAACAACUACCUUGGAGCUGCGAUUCCAGCGGCCAAGUACGUCGCGGCCAACCCCGGAUCGGUCCAUGUGGCCCCACUGGUCGGACAUGCCAUCAACCAGAAGCUGAUCGUUGCCUAAAGUUCGCUUGUAAUACAUGAACGUUUGUGAUUGAACACAUUGUAUCGUUGAUCCCUAAGCACGUCCCUGAAAGACGCUUCGCGUGUCUACCGGAGAAAAUAAUCGGUUUGGUCCUUGCUAUGACACCGCGCGGUGUCAAGCCAUAUGUUGAUUCCCCGCGCCCAGAAGUGUGAUUGAAGCAUAUGUAGCGUAAUGUGACCUUCGUGUUUCAAACCUCUCGUGAGGCGUCGCAAUUUGCCGCCGUCAACGCGAUGUGUGACGGACUGCAACAUCAAUAUUUCAAGAAAUCAACGACAAAAAGGU